AAUAACAAUAACAAUAACAAUAACAAUAACAAUAACAAUAACAUUAACAAUUACAAUAAUAAUAACAAUAACAAUAACAAUAACAAUAGCAAUAACAAUAGCAAUAACAAUAGCAAUAAUAAUAAUAAUAAUAAUAAUAAUAAUAAUAAUAAUAAUAAUAAUAAUAAUAAUAAUAAUAAUAAUAAUAAUAAUAAUACUAAUAAUAAUAAUAAUAAUAAAAAUAAUAAUAAUAGUAAUAAUAAAAAUAAUAGUAAUAAUAAUAAUAAUAAUAAUAAUAAUAAUAAUAAUAAUAAUAAUAAUAAUAAUAAUAAUAAUAAUAAUAAUAAUAAUAAUAAUAAAAAUAAUAAUAAUAAUAAUAAUACUAAAAAAAGUAAUAAUAGUAAUAAUAGUAAUAAUAGUAAUAAUAAUAAUAAUAAUAAUAAUAAUAAUAGUAAUAAUAAUAAUAAUAAUAAUAAUAAUAAUAAUAAUAAUAAUAAUAAUAAUAAUAAUAAUAAUAAUAAUAAUAAUAAUAAUAAUAACAAUAAUAGUAACAAUAAUAAUAACAAUAAUAAUAAUAAUAAUAAUAAUAAUAAUAAUAAUAAUAAUAAUAAUAACAAUAAUAAUAAUAAAAACAAUAAUAAUAAUAAUAAUAAUAAUAAUAAUAAUAAUAAUAAUAAUAAUAAUAAUAAUAAUAAUAAUAAUAAUAAUAAUAAUAAUAAUAACAAUAAUAAUAACAAUAACAAUAACAAUAACAAUAACAAUAACAAUAACAAUAAUAACAAUAACAAUAACAAUAACAAUAACAUUAACAAUUACAAUAAUAAUAACAAUAACAAUAACAAUAACAAUAACAAUAACAAUAGCAAUAACAAUAGCAAUAAUAAUAAUAAUAAUAAUAAUAAUAAUAAUAAUAAUAAUAAUAAUAAUAAUAAUAAUAAUAAUAAUAAUAAUAAUAAUAAUAAUAAUAAUAAUAAUAAUAAUAAUAAUACUAAUAAUAAUAAUAAUAAUAAUAAUAAUAAUAAUAAUAAUAAUAAUAAUAAUAAUAAUAAUAAUAAAAAUAAUAAUAAUAGUAAUAAUAAAAAUAAUAGUAAUAAUAAUAAUAAUAAUAAUAAUAAUAAUAAUAAUAAUAAUAAUAAUAAUAAUAAUAAUAAUAAUAAUAAUAAUAAUAAUAAUAAAAAUAAUAAUAAUAAUAAU